UUUUCCACAUUUAAACAACACAAAACUGUUUUUGUGUUUACUUACAGGGGAGAGAGAGAGCUGACUUUGUUUACAGAAACGAUUGGGUAGGGAGAGAGAGAGUUGUCACUGCUUACAGAAACAAUUGGGUAGGGAGAGAGAUUGGGGGUUUGGGUAGGGAGAGAUAGCUGUCUCUGUUUACCGAAACAAUUGGUUAGAGAGAGAGAUGGGCAACCCCUCUCUCUCCAUCAGAUUCACCUUCGUCCUCUCUCUCUCUCUAGCAGCAACUUACACAACCUCAUCACAUUCAUCAUCAUCAACAUGUCUCUUCUUUCUCAGAUCCCAUUCAUCUCCAACACCUCCCAUACCCAAAGCCUCCGCCUCCGACCUACUCUCUCUCCUCGGCACCCCACAACAAGCCUCGGCAAUCAACCCCAAAGAAGCCCAACAACUCAAGUCCUGCCUCAAAUUCCUCGUCCCCUUGUCUCCGACUCAACUCGCCACUCACUCCAUCGCUCCUCAACUCAAAUCCAUCCGCCCUAAGACUUGGACCGAACAAAAUCAACUCAUUUGGUGGCCGCCGACACCGGUGAUGGAGCUCGCUCGCCUGGCCGUCGAUUCCGGCGGUGAUCCGGCCGCCAUUCAACGUGCCCUAGAUCCAACGAUCAUUACGGUACCCGAUAUUGAAGGAUCAAAGGAGAACCGAUGCGAGCUUACUAGAACUCCGUAUGGGAGACGCUUUAUAAAUGAGGAAUUGAAUUCUUACCUCGAAUUUCUAUUUGAAAUUAUUGCUGCUCGAGCUCCCAGUAUAGGGUUAAAUAUAUCCUUAAAUCGCUAUGACUUAUUUCAUGGUCACAUUUUUCUUGCCACCGACACUGGAAGGCUUGGUAUUUUGUUCCAUGCUAAAGAAUACCCAGCAUAUGAAAAGAAAGUGUUUCCAUACAAUAUGGGCUACUGCCAAAAAGGGUCUAAUGUGACUUAUGGUGAUUCAAUGAAUUUGCGAAACAUUCUAUGGCUGGCUCCACUGCCAAGUAAUUCCGCUAAAGCUUGGUUGGCACCUGGAGUCCUCGUGGUCUUGGAUGCACAUCCAGGAGGAAUCAUAUAUACAGAUCUCAUACCUGAAUAUGUGAACUAUGCGAGGACCAUCUAUGAAGAUGAUCUCGGGGAUGUUGUUGCUGAUGUCAAUUACCUGAAUGUCGGAGGUGCUGUGUCUGAUUAUCAGAUUUUCAUUUGCUAAUGUCCUCCUGAAGUGCUUACCAAUUAUCUAAUGCGCUGAAUGUAUUCAUGGCGGCUCCAAAUUCCCGACUGUGGCACCGAUGUCAAGAUCCAAGGUCCAGGGACAGAGUAUCUCGCUUUUUCAUCGACGAUGCCCACCCUUAUCAGCAAUUGCUGCUAUAACACUGCUUUUUCUUGGUGUUUUCCUUUUUAUACAUACACAUGGAUGUUCAUGUAAAAAAACAGUCAUGUGGUUGGGUGGCUGGUUUGUUGGUGUAUUUGAAAUACUGAAUGGUGAAAUUCUGCUUAUAAAAUUUAUAUUGUAUAAA